AUGGCGAUUAAGCCAGCAGAACUCGCCAUCCCAAUCAUCGAUCUAGAGCCACUGCGCUCGGGCAACCCAGAAGAUGUCCACAAAACCGGAAAGCAGGUCUAUGAGGCCUUCAGAGAUGUAGGCUUCGCAUAUAUCAAGAACCACGGCCUGCCUCAAGAAGUGCUAGACCAGGCAUUUGAAUGGAGCCGCAAAUUCUUCGCCCUCUCCGAAGCCGACAAAGCCAAAGCACCGCACCCACCUUACGGCUGGUGGCAUCGAGGCUACUCAGGCGUCGGCCGUGAGAAAGUCGUGCAAAUGGUAUACGACCAAGAAUCCAUCGCCGAUCUCCGCAAAGUCCCCGACUUCAAAGAGUCCUUCGAACUCGGCCGCGAGGACGACGAGCACACCCCCAACAUCUGGCUCCCCGAAGAGACGUUACCCGGCUUUCGGGAGUUUUUCACCCAGUUUUACGAAAUCUGCUACGCCGUCGAACUAUCCCUCCUCAGCGCAAUAGCAUUGGGCAUGGGUCUCCCCGAGGACUUCUUCCAAGAGUACCACACGAAAAAGGACAAUCAGAUUCGUUUGCUGCACUACCCACCCGUCGAGGCCGACUUGUUGCGCGGCGGCAGCAUGGAGCGCAUCGCCGCACACUCGGACUUCGGGACCAUGACGCUCCUGUUCCAAGACGAGGUUGGAGGUCUAGAGGUCGAGGACAUGCAUGAGAAGGGCAAAUUUAAUCCGGCCCCGUACAUCCCGGGCACAAUCGUCGUGAAUAUCGGCGACUUCUUGCAGCGCUGGAGCAACGACACGCUCAAGUCGACUUUGCAUCGUGUCCGCGCACCGCCUUUGGUCCAGGGUCUGACGAAAGCGAGGUAUUCGAUUCCUUACUUCGUCACGGCGAAUCGUGAUAAGACGAUCGAUUGUCUUCCAGGUUGUUUUGGGGAGGAUAGACCGAAGAAGUAUGAGCCGAUCAAUUCGCGGGAGUAUAUUGAGAUGAGGUUGAAUGCUACUUAUUAG